AUGAUGCUGGGGGAAGAGUCCGAGUCGGCCGACUACUGGAAAAAAUGCGGCGAUGAAGCCCUGGCCAAUGGUAUUAAGGGUGUAAUCAUGAUGGGUGCCCACUGGGGCUGCUCAGGAAACAAUCGCUUGGAAGUUGCGAUGAAUCCCCGUCCCACCAAGUCUCCCGUGGCGUAUGUGCAUCCGUCCAAGUACGUUGACUACGAGCUUGUGCCGGAUCUUGAGAGUGGGCGCAAGUGCAUCGACCUUCUAUCCGCUGAGGGCUUUGACGUGCACGCCAACGAGAGCUUGGAAUGGAUUCACGAUACCUAUCUUAUUCUUAUUCGCAUGUUUCCUGAUCGGUGCCCCCCUACAACCAUUAUAUCCACCAACAUGCAGUAUGAUCCACACUUCCACAUGCGUGCUGGCGCAGCUCUUCGGCCACUACGUGAGCAGAACUACCUGAUCAUUGGCACUGGCGGUGCGGUACAUAACCUGUAUCGAAAUGUCUGGAGGCCCAUGGUGCGAUAUAGUGACAACUUCUCCCAGGAAACGCCACCUGAGAAAUGGGCUCUAGAUUUUCGCCAGGCAGUAGAAGAUGCCCUAGUAAACAACAGCGGGCCUGCUCUCCGCCGAGCCAUGACUCGGCUUAUGAAGCAUCCUCAUUUCCGAGACGCCCAUGCCACGGAUGACCACUACAUGGCUGCCGUAUUCGCGGCUGGGGCAGCCGGCAGUGAAGCCGAUUUGGGAACAACCGGAAGGCUUAUGGCAGAAACUUGGGAGCUGACGAACAUGUGCAAUUCCCAAUUUACCAUCGGGCAGUGGCCCCAGGCAUCACAAGCUGCUUAA